AUGAUUGUUCUCUGUUUAAGGAGUCGCGUUGGGUCGCCGACGAUGUCAGCGACUGUUGCCGGCAACCAACAACAACAACACCCUCAUCAAGAAUGGGACAUCAACGAUUCGAACGUUCCUAGGGUGGUAGAGUACGAUCCCUGGUGCGAAUGGGCGGAUGGGCACGUAAGAAGGGUCUACGGGCCAGAUUGCGAGGAGGCGAGGCGACACGCCUCUGGCUGGGCCAUGAGGAACACGAACAAUCACAACGUGAGCAUUCUCAAGAAGUCCUGUCUGGGGGUCCUAGUCUGUUCGCAAGAGUGCGUACUACCUGGUGGCGGAAGGGUUCACCUUCGACCGGCGAUUUGUGACAAGGCGAGAAAGAAGCAGCAAGGAAAGCCGUGCCCCAACAGGCAAUGCACGGGUCGUUUGGAGAUACUUUCGUGCCGUGGCCAUUGCGGUUACCCUGUGACGCAUUUCUGGCGACACACGGAGCACGCGAUUUUUUUCCAAGCGAAAGGACAACACGAUCAUCCGCGACCGGAAGCCAAGUCCACGUCCGAGGCGAGGAGGAGCGUGGGUGCUGGCAGAAGGGUGCGCGGAUUGGCGGUCCUUUUGGCGAGCGAGGCCGCCUUAGGCUCGAAGUUAAUGUCACUACGAGGAACGAAAAGACCGAACUCGGAUGCAAUCGAACAACCGCCAAGGACGACUCAACCUCCGCCGCUGAUUUCGGAUAAAGGAUAUUCAUGCUCCUGUCCACCGUUUGAGUGCAUGUGCGGGCUGCAAACCAACGUUCCAUCUUAUCAGCAGUCCCACCACCACCAGGCAACUAUGUACCCUCAGCAGCCGACUUCGAACGACACCCCCUACUGGCUCCAAGACACAGUGCCACCUCAAGAGAAUACCCUAGGCUACAAUCUACCGAAUCAGGUUCCCCAAGAAGCCUCCUACCCAGAUUUCCCGCCGUUCACUGGUGAACUGUUUCAACCCGAAGAGAUUUUCCAGCUGGAUCAACCCCUGCGACCAGACUUCCCGAUGAACUCCCAGGACGUGGCCAGGUCGCCGCCGACGUUGCUCGAUCUAGGCAGCGGCACCAUCAAGUACGAGAUGAAACAGCACCAAGACCAGGCCUACUGGAAUCAAUUCCUCAGCGAGGACUCUAGCAGCAGCCACCUGAGCAUGCCCCAAGACGAGAGGCUUCAGUUCCCCGGUUUCGAGACCGACAAAGACUCGAACGGGUACUGCGCGAAAAGACCCGUGAACCAUUUCGUCCCUGAAAAGGAAGCAAAUCAAACUCAUCCGUUGAACAACGCGCUGAACUUCCAGGACUAUCAACGGAAUCAGAAUCACAAGAACUUCGUAGAUUCAACUGUGAAGAACGACCAGCAGCAGUCCUACUGGGCCCCGAACCACCAAGACGACCGUUUGAACUUCCCAGGUUUCGAUCCUCAGAAGGAGGACCUGCUGACCUCCAGGAGGGACGUGAACUGCUUUCCCAAAGAGAACUGUCAGCCAGGACUAAUGGAGACGGGAAACUACAACCUCUAUCCGAAGAAGGAGAACGGAAUGCACGAGCCUGUUCGUUCCAGUCGUAGUCCUGUGCAAGACAAGCAGUACGCUUACGACGGCUACAGUCAGAUGUUCGAUCAUUCGGACUCGAAGAAUCAUAUGGCCAAUCGAUCUCACCAGAACUCCAACCGGAUGGUCCUGGACGAGAGACUUCAGAACAACUAUGGUAACCACGAGGCUCCAGACUGUACCGAGAGGUUGUUCCCGGAAUCCAACGGCAUGGACGCGUCCAUGCAGUCGCAGAAUAGCCCGGAACCUUUCUUCUACCCUGGUAACGAUCGUUGUCACUACACCUGCGAGGUCCUGGACACGCGGCUGCCGCAGUUGACAAUGAAUGCUGGAACCGCGCAGACGGGGAUCAACAGCUUUGGGGAUGUCAGCGAGCUGGAUCUGCCACCCUUCGUCGAUUACACCCUCGUUGGGAUGCUGUGUAGCUCCACGGAGGAGGACACGUCGAACCUGUUACCUGGCUGCCCGCAAAACGCGCAUACCUACGUUCCUCAUCAUUAG